AUGACCACUCUUCCGCCAGCGCUGCAGCCUAGCAGCGUCACCGCGCUGGCUCCACCACCUGUUCUGGUACCUCCUAUCAAUUUUGCUCUUGUCGCGCCCGGCGUGUACCGCUCAGGCCACCCGAACCGCCGCAACUUUGGCUUCCUUGCGAGGCUGGGGCUCAAGGCCGUGGUCUACGUCGAAAACGCGGAUGAAUACCGGCGCGAUGGUGCAGACUUUGUUCAGCAACACGGGCUCGCACUGUACCGCUUCGAUCUGAGCGAUGAAGAGGCGUUGUUUUCUCCCUCCGGUCGCAAGAAGCUGCUCGAGGCACUGUCGGUUCUACUAGACACGCGCAACCAUCCCCUCCUGGUUCAUGACGACACGGGCAAGGCGGCGGUUACGCUCGUGUGCGCACUUAUCCGCUGCUUCCAGCGCUGGGCACUUGCGGCCGUGUAUGCCGAGGGUGACAUGUUUGCUGGAGCUGGCGGAAGCGAAGGCGGUGGAGUGGGCAACGCAGGGCGAGAGUUCAUCGCCAUGUUUGACCCCGCAACUGUCGAGCUCGACCUCGCGCACACCCCUUCGUGGGCCGUGGCGGGGUGA